AUGGCUUCCACGGAACAGACAGCAAUUCCCGCGCCCGUCCAGGGUGUCGGGCCCCUAUACAAACCUGACGGCGAGAAGCCAAUUGCAACGGUGUCUCAAGAGGUCUCCUGUGAAAAUGUCCACGUUCUACCCCAGACCUCCCAGCUGAUUGCUCUCUUGACUAUGAUCCGAGAUGAACGCACUGCGCGCGCGGACUUUGUGUUUUACUCCAAUCGUAUCAUCCGACUUUUGGUCGAGGAAGGAUUAAACCAUCUGCCCGUUGUCGAGCAAGGCGUCACAACACCCGUGGGCCAGACGUACCUUGGAGUAAAGUUCCAGGGAAAAAUAUGCGGCGUGUCCAUCAUGCGUGCUGGCGAGGCCAUGGAGCAAGGCCUGCGUGACUGCUGCAGAUCUGUGCGCAUUGGCAAGAUCUUGAUCCAGCGGGACGAGGAGACCUGCCAGCCCAAGCUCUUCUAUGAAAAGCUUCCGCAAGAUAUUGCUGAUCGAUGGGUCCUCCUCCUCGACCCGAUGUUUGCUACCGGCGGAUCGGCGACUAUGGCGGUCGAAGUGUUGAAAGCAAAAGGUGUUCCUGAAAAUCGGAUCCUAUUCGUCAACCUCAUCGCAAGUCCGUCCGCAGUGGAAUCUUUUGCUCGGAAGUUUCCUCAGUUGCGUGUUGUAACAGCGUUUAUUGACCAAGGAUUGGAUGAAAAUAAAUACAUCAUACCGGGGUUGGGCGAUUUUGGGGACCGCUAUUACACGCUGUGA